AUGGAGCCUUCUGAAAUCAAUCAGCCAGGGGGCGUAGGUAACUGUUUUUUGAACUUGAAAAAUCCGGCCAGCAGCGUGACGGCGGACAAAAAGACGUUAUCGGCCUUGUGGCAGCUGUGUUCGAAUGGCCCGCCCGAUGUUGCCCCCGCCGCUCCGGAAAUCCAUCUAGAAAACGACGCCAAUCGAUUCCCAUGUGCGACCGCAAAUGAAAGCUCACCGUCGGUAAUCGCUGUGCUGAUUUCAACGGUCAACGAAAUGCAGGCCCAUUUCAACACGCGCUUUGACGUGCUGGAACGACACUUGGCCAGCAUCGACCGCCAGAUUACUGCUCUUCAGAAGUUGCAGAAAGUCGCCGGAGGCGGCGGUGGUGCUGCCGCUGUUACACCCAGGAAACGAAAUCGUACGUCGUCCCCCGCUGCGGAAGUGGAGCAUAAAUAUUUCGCUUCCGAAGGACCGUAUACCGGCGUAGGCGGCGUCGGCAUGCCGCUAGUACAACAGAACAUGCAUAAUGUCGAAAACAAUGUACAAAGCGAAAAUGUCGUGAUAUCCGUGGUCUCUGCGUGCUCAAGUAAAACGCUUUCCGAAUUUAUGAAAAGUGCCCAUGCAAACAACUAUCCUUCGCUCGAAGGUCAGUGUGUUGUUCUCGAUACGGGUUACGUAUUGUCAACGGUAGUCGAUGACCAUGGCAAUCGAUACGACUGGAAGUUUCCGUCAUCGCUUGUUGAAAAGCUGAUCCGCGACAAUCCUCCAGAAUCAACGGGUUGGUCGGCUAGUCGAGCACUGGUUUCCUUGUUAGACUAUGUCUACCAUCCGUUGGAGCUGGCCAUGCGGCGGCUGCCCCCACUGCCAACAGCCAGUCCAUUGGCUCUCAACCUUCAAGGGCGACAAAAGUCUGAUUUGUUCGCCGGUACACUGUACGAGGAUGGUAUCGAGUUUUCGCCCGAGCGCAUGCUUCCAUGCUGCAAACUUGUCGAGCAUUACUAUCCCGGUUGGAAGUACAAGGCGUUCGAGCGCAACCACGCGUUCCGGGAAAUGGUACAUAAGAAGUGUCGAAUGAGACGGCGCGAUCUGCGGCAGUACAUGCAGCAAUGUGGCAAAACCAAGGAGCAUGUUUUGGAGUGCAUCAUCAAAGGAGUUGACCUGCCACCCCGACAGUUCCUUUUCAAGUGA